AUGUGGAACCACGAAUCGUCCCGGCGUGCGUACUCUCACCAUGAGAGUUACCUAACGCAUCUGAACGGUGAUGCUAUAAACAGUCUCUUCCCUCUGUGGCCGCAGCUCCACGGCAGUUACCGUAAUGCCAAUCUCACCGACGCGCUCAAGGCACUCGCCGGGCACGACCAUGACAACUCAGGGCACAAUGCCCUCUCAUGUCUCUCCGCCGAGCCUCCUUGUCAAUCACCCAGUGGAUGCGCCCCCUUCCUCCAGCCGCUGGCGCUGCACGCCAACCACACCUUCCCGCAGAAGCACGCACAGCUGUAUGUCUCGUGGAUAGUGUGGCUGGCAUGGCAGCUGUGGGAGCUGCUGGAGUCCCUGCUGGACGCCUUGAACAACAUCGACUGCACGGCCCACGGCUGUGCCACGUGCCUCUGUCAGCCAAGCAACCACAACGACAAGGACUCCUGCCACUGCCCGUCACUCGUCGAAUGUGGCGGACCUCUGCCGACACUCUACCGCUACGGAUUCACGUAUCGCAACGCCCACGCCCUGCUCGCCGGCAGCCAGAAGAUACGGUGCAGUGACCUCAACGACCAACUCACCAAGGCACUCCACUCCGACCACUUCACUCAACUGUUCCACCAGAUCGACCAACUCCUCUACACCAUCCGUAUGCCCUUCCUCUUCGCCAUCACAGCACUCUGGCUCAUCGCCACGCUCUUCAUCGCCCACUCACUACUCUACCAUGGACGUGCUGCGCAUCCGCUCCCCACCUACUACCAGGGCCUCACACCUCAUCUACGUCAAGGCUUUACUCGCCGGCAGCCGCAGGAUGCUCUCGCUCUACAAGGACGUCGACUACUUGACGAUGACUUCACUCGUGAGUGUAAUUAUCUUAGCUACAUUCACAUUGCAUUCCUCUCUUUGUGUUGCCAUGUCUCAUCACGUCUCUCAUCGUGA